AAAACCGCUUGCUGCCAGACAUAGGGACUGCAUGAAGCUGGUACAGUAUAUGUUUUCAGUUUCCAAACUGGAUCAAUUAUUAUUUAAACAAUACAAAAGGUGGCUAGAUUUUAAGGACUUUCCUUUUCUUUUAACAAUUGUACAUAUCUGUGUGCCAGAUAAUAUGGAUUUCUUAUAAAUCUGUUGCAGAAUAUAUGCAGUGCAAAGAGUGAACUAGAGCUGAUUUUAGUCCGCUCCUUGAUGAAAAUGGCAGCCAACAAUGCAGUUUUGAACAGACUGGAACAAAAGGGUGCGGAAGCAGAUCAAGUUAUCGAAUACCUUAAGCGGCAGGUUGCUCUUCUAAAGGAAAAAGCCAUCUUACAGGCAUCUCUGAGGGAAGAGAAGAAACUUCGUGUUGAAAAUGCUAAACUGAAGAAGGAAAUUGAGGUGCUGAAGCAGGAACUGAUCCAGGCAGAAAUCCGGAAUGGAGUGAAACAAAUCUCAGUACCACCCAGUGAAAUACCUUCUACAGCAGCAAUUUCAGAAGGCUUCUCUCAGACAGGACCAGCUGCAGUAAUGCCAUCUGGUCCUAAGGACCAGCCUAAAGGAGCAAGUGAAGAAAAGAAGAAAGACAAAACAGAAAAGAAAGCAGGACAAAAGAAGGAGAAAAAGCAGCAGAUAGCUGCAAAUGAUGACUCAAAGCCUUUAGAUGUUUCCCGGCUUGAUCUUCGUAUUGGCUGUAUCAUAACAGCAAAGAAACACCCAGAUGCUGAUACUCUGUAUGUGGAAGAGGUUGAUGUUGGAGAAGCAAAUCCUAGAACUGUUGUCAGUGGUCUAGUGAAGCAUGUUCCUUUAGAAGAGAUGCAAAAACGGAUGGCAGUAUUUCUCUGUAACCUGAAGCCGGUGAAAAUGAGAGGAGUGGUAUCUCAGGCCAUGCUGAUGUGUGCUAGCACACCAGAGAAGGUGGAAAUUCUAAUUCCUCCUAGUGGGGUUGUUCCUGGAGACAGAAUCACAUGUGGAGGCUUUACUGGUGAACCUGAGAAAGAACUUAAUCCCAAGAAGAAAAUGUGGGAACAGAUUCAACCUGAUCUUUAUACCAAUGACCAGUGUAUUGCCACGUACAAAGGAGUGCCAUUUGAAGUGAAAGGCAAAGGUGUUUGCAGGGCUCCUACCAUGGCCAACAGUGGAAUCAAAUAAAUAUAAUCAGUUGUGGAAAUGUUUGAGAAUUGUUUUGAAUGAAAAGCAAUGUCAACAUAAUUAAAGAAAUGCCUCACCUCAAA